AUGGAUCGCAGCGAUUCACGGACAUUUUGCCCCUCCUGUGCGAGCGACAUGUGCGAGUCCCAAGGCCACGGCAAAGCACCUGGGAAUUAUCGGUCGCUACAGGACGAAGGCAGGUGGCAUCGCACUGAACGAACCUUCCAGACCCGGGCAAAAACGAGGAUGUUCUGGACUGCCAUUGCUCCCAAGGCCAUAUUUGUCUCGGCUCUAGCUUCCCGAUGCAGCGAGAUGCGAAUCAAAAAGACAAGGAAGACGAGGGCUCUCCAGGCUCUGUCUCCCGAAGGCGUCCCAGCCGACACCUUCAACGGUCCUGCCCGGCCGGCCUUCACUCAAGCUUCCCCUGACCUCACGUCCCUGCCGGUUCAAGAUACGAAUGCAGCAGCAGACCACAGGCCGUCCCGGUCCCCAGCCCAGACACGAGCGCAGAGGGUGAGCUGGCAAGAGCAUCUCAGCCCCCGACCCAGGUCGGCUUUCAGCCACCAGCGCGAGGAAGACAAGACCGCGGGCGGCCUGACACCCUCCUCUCCUCGACGAGCAGAGCUGGAAGUUCCCUGUUCCCAGCAUCCAGAACACGUUCCUGCGCUUCAUGUGCCUCUCUCUCGAGGGACCCAUGCCAGAGGGAUGGACAACAGGGACUUCUGGAAGGUCUACUAUGAAAACCUGGAGAUGGUGGCAGGGAUCGCUGAAAAAGAACUGCAUGAGGAUGAUGAGGACGAUGAGGAGGAAGAGGAGACGGAUGUUCAGGCCGAGCCAGGAUGUGACGUCAUUGAGAGCGGGGACGUGGGGGUGCUGUUCCUAGAGCAGCUGAAGUUGACCGCCAACCCCGACGAGAGGACGGACUUCCUCAACUUCCGCAUCCUGCUGUGGCGCUGCAUGACGGAGUUUCCUGAGAGAGUGGAGCCGCGCUGCCGGGAACUGUGCCCCCUGCUGCUCCGCUUCAUCAGGAAUGAGUUUUACACCUCCGACCUGCUGGUGGCACCCACUCAGGACCUGAGGAAGGUGGAUGACGCUGCCCAGGAGGAGUCUGGGAUGGCUGUGGAGGAAGAGGAGGACGAAGAUGAGCAGGAGGCAGAGGAAGGAGGCAGGCAACAGAAGAAGGCUCCUCCAAAGAGAGCCGCUGCAAAACAGCUGAUCGUCCACCUGAAGGUGUUCGCCAAAUUCACCAACCCUCGCUCUCUCUACCUGGAGAGCAGCCUCAGUGAUCUCUAUAACCAGUUGCUCUGCCACCAGGACCAGCAGAUCCAGCGAGUGGCUCUGGAAUGUGUUCUCACAUACAAGGACGCCAACAUAGUACCAUACAAGGAAAAUCUGGAAAGGCUACUUGACGACAAACACUUCAAAGAGGAGAUUGUCCAUUUCAACAUUUCUGAGACAGGAGUGGUGGAUGCCUCACACAGAGCCAGGCUCAUCCCACUGCUCAUGAGGAUCCUGUUUGGCCGCAUGCGCAGUAAAGCAGGCAGUAAGUUCCAGGGGAAGGCGAGCUCCGCCUCCCGCUCCUCCAUCAUCCUGCGCUUCCUGGCUGGCUGCCAAGCGGAGGAGCUGGGGAUCUUCAUCGACCUGCUGCUGGAGCCCGUCUGCCAUUACAGCCAAGGUACCUGCCUGGCUGCGGUGGAGAAAGCCAUCGCUGACACAGAUGUGGCUGCCGUCCUGCCUCUGGGCCGACAGCACAGCCUUCUGAACAUCAUCAACGUAGUGAUCCAGAAACUGGGUCACCUGAUCAACAUCUACCUGCCCAAAGUGCUGCAGAUCCUGCUGUGUGUCACCGCCUCUGUGUCCACCAUCCUGGACAAAAGGCUGCAGCUGCGUGCGGGGUGCAUCAGUCCUCUGAAGAACCUGAGGCGCCUCGGCGUCCUGAGGAUCCAGGACUUUCUGGACGGCUUCGACUCCUACAGCUUCAGCGCAGACGAGCUGGAUGCCGUCUUUGCCGCUGUGGUCUGGCCUCAGGUGUGUCGUCUCUCUACAGAGAGCCCCUACUCCCCCACCCCUCUGCUGAGACUCAUCCAUGUGUGGUGCAAAAAUGCCAGGUACUACCCACUUCUGGCUAAGCAGAGGCUGAACCAUCCGGAGUGUGACAUCCUCCUCAACGUCUUCGCCCUCCUCUCGGCCAAAAAAGUUUCCACAGUGACCAUCGCCAUGGUUAUGGACAUAGCCGAGUCCUUAGCAACCACUCAAGACUUUGUGGCCUCGGAGGAUGAGACGGAGCUCAACGUCAACAACUGUGUGUUCCCGCAGCCUAAAGAGGGCGCUCUCAUCGCAGCUGACGCUCUAACCCAGGGCUCCAGCCUGCUGCUGCCUCACAUAUCCACCCUGCUGAACUACCUCAGCGGAGUCGUACGCAACUCCGACCGACUGAAGAAGAAGAAGUUCAGGGUUCAGGUCGCCAAAGAGCUCAACAUCCUCUCCAAGGUCAGUCGGUUUGUCAGCGACAAGGAGCAGAGCUCGGUGCUCAUCACCCUGUUGCUGCCCUACCUCCACAAAGGCCACAAUCCUGAGGAGACAGAGAUCGACACCCUGGCCACGCUGCAGAACCUCCUGCGGCAGUGUGUGCAGCCCUCAGACUUCCUGCGGCCGCUCAGCAAGCUCUUCUCCGUCAUCCAGAACAAGCUGCCCAGAAUGGCCCUCACUAACGUCUUCCAGACUCUUUCGGAUUUGGAGCCCUCACUCAAGUACAUCACUGAUUUAGCAACAAAGCUGAAUGCGUUCGACAGUCGGCACUUGGACGAGAUCCACUUCGACGUUCGUCUCUGCGCUUUCCAAGAAGCCUCCAGGCGAGUCAAAGAAAUGACCACUCUGGACCUGGACUACAUCGGCACCAUCAUGCACAACGUCUUCCACACCUUUGAAAUCGGUGACAUGUCGCUGGGAGACAACGCCAACCUGUGUCUGUCUGCAGUCAUCACGCAGCUGGCGGAGAUCGGCGCUGGAGAGCAGCUCUACAAGGACAUCGUGCAGCACACCAUCCUGGACGCCGUGCACAAGGGGCUCCGCAGCAAGACAGACAGCGUGCAGCAUGAAUACACCACCGUGCUGGCCUGCCUGGUGAAGACCUUUCCCACCAAGAAAGAGUUCAGAGACCUGGUGCAGCUCACCAACUACCACGACCUGGAGUCUGACUUCUUCGAGCACAUGAAGCACAUCCAGAUCCACCGUCGGGGUCGUGCCCUGAGGAAGUUCGCCAAGCAGCUGACGGAGGGCCAGGUGGUGCUGACGCCCCGCUCUCUCCAGCAUUACAUCAUGCCGUACGCCAUGACCGCCCUGCUGGAUGAGAAAAUGCAAAAGCAUGAGGGCAUGAUAACAGCGUCGGUGGAGGUGGUGGGCGCAGUAUGCCGCAGGCUGACGUGGUCUAAGUACCUCUACUACCUGAAACACUUCAUCCACAUCCUGCAAACAUCGCAGGUGGAGCAGAAGCUGGCUGUCAGUUUGCUCCUCACAGUCCUGGAUGCUUUCCACUUUGACCAUCAGACCCUCAGCAGAGAAAUGGAGGCUGCCAAGGCCAGAGAGGCUGUGAGUGCCGCAAUGGAGGCCGAUGGCGAGGAGCAAGCUGCAGCCGACGAAUCGGAAGCAAGCGAUGAUGAGGAGGCAAUGGAGGUAGAGGGUAAAACCGAUCCAUCUGAUGUCCCCAUGGAAACGGACACCAACAGUGGAGAAAAUGGCGACGUCCCCAAGCAGGCAGCUACCACUGUAGCCAAGGUGCCGGCGGCUCCCCCCCCCAUGGCGGUGUCCAGCGGGCUGCCGCAGAGCACCGAGGAGCUGGGGACUCUGAUCAGCGCCAUCCACCAGACCGUGACUAACAGCGUGCUGCCCCGCCUGCACAAGUGUCUCAAUGCAAAGAUCAAGCGUGACGAUGAGCACAAGGCAGUGAAGUCAAAGGAUGUAAAGGAUGAGGAAGUGGCCAGAAUACCGAUCGCCUUCGCCAUGGUCAAACUGAUGCAGACGCUGCCACCAGCCAUCAUGGAGGUCAACCUGCCUGGCAUCCUGAUCAAGGUGUGUGUGGUGCUGAGGAACCGCUUCCAGGAGGUCCGUGACGUGGCGAGGGGAACUCUGGUGAAGAUCAUAGAGACUUUAGGCUUCCGCUACCUGCAGUACCUGCUCAAAGAGAUGCAGGGGCUCCUGGCUAAAGGCUACCAGGUCCACGUGCUAACAUUCACAGUUUACCAGCUGCUGACAGUCCUCAGUCCAACCCUGAAGAGCGGAGACCUGGACGCCUGCAUGAACAUGCUCAUCGACAUCUUCAACAACGAGCUGUUCGGGCCUGUGGCCGAGGAGAAGGACGUGAAGGGGAUCGUCUCCAAGCUGAUGGAGGCGCGACACAGCAAGAGCAUGGACUCCUACGAGCUGCUGGCUCGCUACUGCAGCAAAGAGAGCGUCACCAAGUUCAUAUUGCCUCUAAAGGAGAUGCUGGAUAACUCAGCCAGUCUGAAGGUGUGUAUCCGGGUGGGGGCCGUGCUGCGGAGGAUGGUCCUGGGUCUGCUCGUCAACGAUGGCAUGACGUCUCAGGAUAUCUUGCUGCUGUGCCACGGCCUGGUCAGCCAGAGUCUGCCGCUGCUCACCAAGAGAGACCGAGAGAAAUCCUCAGUGAAGCCCCCCCCAGACCCCAGGCUGCCCCCUCCCAGCUGCCUGCUCCUGCUUCCAACUCCAACGAGGGGGGGGCGGAAGGCUCCAGUCAGCAGCCGCACCAACAUGCACAUCCUGGUGGACACCGGCCUCAAGCUGCUCCACCUGAGUCUAAAGAAAUCCAAAGUGACGUCCUCCGAUCCCACGGCUCUGCAGAUGCUGGAUCCUUUCGUCCUGCUGCUGCUCGACUGCCUCGACUCCAGGCACGUCAAGGUGAUCACGGAGGCUCUGGUGGCCUUCACCUGGCUGCUGAAGUUCCCUCUCCCAGCAGUGGAGCAGAACGCAGACCAGAUGACCAAGCUGCUGUUCGUCCUGCUGAAGGAUUACUCCAAGGCCGGAGCGGCCCGCGGGGAGAACUACCAGCUGGUGCAGAACUGCUUCAAGGCUAUUACCAUACUGGUGAAGAAUGUCAAAAGCAACCAGAUCUCAGAGACACAGCUGCAAGUGCUGCUGGGAUACGCUGAGGAGGACAUCUACGACCAGUCCCGCCAGGCCACCGCCUUCGGCCUGCUGAAGGCAAUUCUGUCCAGAAAGCUCGUUGUCCCAGAGAUGGAGGAGCUGAUGACCAAAGUGGCCAAGCUUUCUGUCACCGGCAACAACGGCGGGAUCAGAAUCCACUGUCGACAGAUCUAUCUCAAAUACCUGCUGGACUACCCCCUGGGGAAGAAGCUGAGGGGGCACCUGGACUUUGUGGUGGCGCAGCUGCACUACGAGCACGACACCGGCAGGGAGUCAGUGCUGGAGAUGCUGGCCUACAUCUUCCAGACCUUCCCUAAGGAGCUGCUGCUGACGCAUUGCGGCUUGUUCUUCGCCCCGCUGGCCCUGGUUGUGGUCAAUGAUGACUCGGCACGCUGUAAGAAAAUGGCCGCCAUGGCCAUCAAGGCAUUGCUGGCCCAGCUGGACAUUAACCACAAGAACACCAUGUACUCCCUUGUCAACACCUGGCUGCAUGCAGAAAAGGCCAGCAUGCGGCGUCUGGGAGCUCAGAUCUGCGGCCUGUUCGUGGAGGUGGAGGAGGAGCAGUUCACCCGCCGCCUGGACGACCUGCUUCCUCUGCUGGAGAAGGAGAUAAACCCCGUCAACUACGAUGACAUCGAGGAGGAGCAGGACGAGAAGGGGGCGGACCGGCUGCUCUACAGUUUCCUCACCCUCAUCACCAAACUGAGCAAACACUGCAGCCUGCUGGAGAUCAGACAGCCUCACGACACACUCACUCUUAUCUGGGGUCACAUUGAAGCCCACCUGCGGUACCCUCACUGCUGGGUGUGGCUGACCUCCUCGCAGCUCUUUGGUCAGCUGUUUGCAGCCCAUCCGGCGGAGCAGCUGGUGGCUGGCUGGAGAGGAGAGGGUGGAGACGCUUCACCUCAGUCCCCAACUACUGCUUUCAUCACCAGCGGUCUGGACAAGAAGAUGAGAGAGCUGGCGUUGUCUUUCUGCCAUCAGCUACAGUCCAAGUUCCUGGACACAGCCUCAGGAGAGCAGGUGGUCAAGAACCUGCUGUUCGUCGGCAAGGUGAUCUACCUCGUUUCCCCCGAGUCUGACGCCACGCCCGCUCAGGAAGAAGUGAAAGAGGAAGAGGAGAAGGAAGAAGAGGGUGAGGUGGAGGAGAAGGAAGAAGAGGUGGAGGAGAAGGAAGUAGAGAAAGAUGAAAAUGACAAGGAGAAGGAAAAGGAAGAUGAGGAAGAAGACGAUGAAGACGAUAAGGACGACCGGCCGCCUUCCCUGCUGUGGCUGAUGAAGAAGCUGUCGCUGAUGGCAAAGAGAGAGGCGGCACACACUCCCAAAGUUCCUCUGAAGAGAACGUGUGUGUUUAAGUUCCUGGGAGCGAUAGCCAUGGACCUGGGGAAGGAGCGACUCGGCCCCUAUCUGAGCACCAUCAUCACUCCUCUGUACAGGGAGCUGGACAGCACCUACGCAGACCAAGACCCCACCCUGAAGAACCUGGCUCAGGAGCUGAUCGAGCUGCUGAAGAGAUACGUGGGGCUGGAGAAGUUCUCUCUGGCCUUCUCUGGCGUCCAGAAGGAGUUUUCACAGAGGAGAGCCGCGCGCAAAAAACACAGAGCCAUGCAGGCGGUGGCUAACCCAGACAUCGCAGCCAAGAAGAAGCUCAAGAAGCACAGGAACAAAAUCGAAGCCAAGAAGAGGAAGAUUGAGUUCCUCCGGCCCGGAUACAAAGCCAAGAGGCAGCGGGGCAACACGCUCAAGAACCUGGCCAUGGUGCAGUGAGCCGUGUCAGUUUAGCAAGCUGACCAAGAAAGAGACUUUUGUGAUAGAGGACAUUUCCAUGUAUUGGUGGGAUAACUGGGCUGCAGAAGUGUCCCUUAAUGAUGUAACAAUGACUUUCUCUAUUUGAAUUCAUGUCAAGUGACGAAGCAACAGCACAGGAAAGAGAUGGCUCUCCCUGCUGGUUUGCUAAGUGUGAAAACAAGGAGAUUUCUAACCCAACUCUUCUAUGAGGGAUCCAACAGCCUCCUGUGUGUGUAACAGAAACAAGACCUCAUGUGACAGCAGGAUUUCUCUGUAUUAGCUUAAUAUAAACUUUAAUAUCCUGCUGUAAAAAAAAGUGUAGACAUGUCCUCAGAUUUAUAUCCCGUGCAAUUUCAUGUACAACUUGUUUUUCUUAGUAAAAAGACAUUUAAACGGAUCAUCUGUCUUUUGGUAUCACUUGUCUUUAAAUCAAUCGACCCUUUACACAAAAUGGUACAAUCACUGAUAGCAAUCUUUACUGAGAAUCAUUUUCACUGUACAAGCAGAUAUAAAUAUGCAACCAUAAAACUUUGAGCAUACAGUUAGUGUUCAGUAACUCGAUGACUAAUAUGCCAAAGCUGCACUCAAGGAUUUCAAUGGAAAAAAGGCUUUAACUACUUAUUUAAAAAAUAGUGGGAACAA